CACAAGAGAUGGGUUCAUCUUUCUAAAGAGUAUCAGAUUACUCUGAUAUCAGCAAGAGAUUGUCUCUUUCAUUAGUUUCUCUUCCUUGGGUACUUCAGCUUAUAUAUAUAUAUAUAUUACGAACUUGAUUUGAGGCAGAAGUGUGAUUCCAAAUUUUCAAUGGCAACCCUAAUAGCAAGAGCAUUUGGGUCUAUUAUAUCUGUUAUUUCCCGGUGUUUGUUGGGUUACCCAGACAACGAAAAGGGCGUCCGCAACAAUAUUCAUCACCACAAGAAGAGUAAUAAGGGCCAUCCACUUUCUUUGCAGACAGUGGAGCUCAAAGUCAGGAUGUGCUGCAUUGGAUGUGAGAGAGUAGUCAAAAGAGGCCUUUACAAGCUCAGAGGUAUAAAUUCGGUGGAAGUUGAUCUAAAUUUAGAGAAAGUGAUCGUCGUCGGACACGUCGAUCGUCACAAGGUGUUGAAACGAGUGAGGAGGUCGGGGAAAAGGGCCGAGUUCUGGCCCUACUCCGAUGUGCCGUUGUACUUCACCUCCAUGGGUGACUACUUUAGAGACACGAGGAACGAGUUCAAAGAGAGUUACAAUUAUUACAAACACGGGUACAAUCUCGGACACCGACACGGGAAUAUUCCGGUGACUCAUCGAGGAGACGACAACGUCAGCAACAUGUUCAACGAUGACAAUGUGAAUGCCAUCUGCUGUCUCAUGUAGAUACUUGAAAUUAAAACAAUGUA